AUGAGUUAAAUUAAUAGCAGUAGGAGAUAGUUGCCAAAACAACAAACUAAUUAGCAGAAUAACUUAAAGUAUACUCCCCACCCACAAGUAAUACUCUCCUUUGAAAGUAAACUGACUAUUGUGAGUCUUGUGUUUCUAAAUGGAAUGAAGGAAGGAUUCUUCCUUAUUUUAGCCCCUUUCUUUCCUGAAUAAAUGCAUUUAAGAAAUGUUGCUCAAGUUGUAUUUACACCUUUGUUUUUGCAAUACACUAUUUGGAUGUUCAUUGCAUCUCUACUUGGUGGAAAGCUAUAAGGAAAAUUUGGAAGAAGAAUAAUGGUAAGAAUUGCCAUGAUUCUCUAAUUUAUUGCUGCUUUGUCCUUUAUUUCUCUCUCCUAUAUAAGUUCUGUUCGGAUGUUUCUGAUAGUGGGAUUUACAGGCAGAGCCAUUUAGGGAACAGGAGCUGGUCUUUACUAAACUGCGGGUACUCACAUAUUAUCAAAUUAACUCUUGAUUUUAGCUUACUCUGAAUUGCUGAUUUAAUUUCCACAUAUCCAAAGGAAAUUGGUAUCUACUAUGGAGAUAGGAGCAGUAAUGGGAGGAUUUGUUGGUUUAGUAAUCUCAGCAUUUUUAUCAUUCACUGUUGGAUUCGUGGGUCCAUUCUCUUUCUGCGGAAUGACCUUCUUAUUUUUCGGAUUAUUCUAGGAUAAGCUUAUCAAAUUUGUUGAUUAAAUAAGUAACAAUACAACAAUCCAAAAUAGUUUUGAUCAUGCAGACAGACAAAGCAUAAAUUCAAGUUUAUUAGAGCAUUAGCAGUAGCAAGCUUAUAAAUAGCUAAUGAAAGAUAAUGAGAUUAAGUACCAAUCACUAAAUGAUAAAGAUCUUGAGAUUAGAUAGCUUAAGGAUGAAGAAAUCAGUUUCGGAGAAAAUUAUGCCAUUUUCAAAGAAAAGUAAAACCCUGUGAUAGUUAAAAAAUUCGACAAGAUUUAUUAUUCCGAUGUAAUUUUUACAAAAAGAGGUUUUUUUGCAUGCCUUACAAUCGUGAUAAAUCUACAAACCUUCUAUUAUACAGAUACAAUCCUAGCCGAUCAUCUUAAGCAAAGAUAUGGAUUAAGUCCAUCAGUUAUUAGCUUGGUUUAUGCUAUCUAGCAAGUUGGAUUUAUGACUACAGCUCCUAUUACACCCAAUAUUGUUCAUAAGUUUAGUCUUGUAGGCGUUGUGAUAUGCACAUAAACUCUGCAGGGAUUAGCUGCUUUAUUAGUCGGACCAUCGUAGUUCUUAGGGCUUCAUGAAACAAUUUCAUUAACAUUAAUUGGAUUCGUAAUAAGUGGAUUAAGCAGUCCAUUUUCAAUAAUUCCUCCUUAUUCAGAGUUAGAAUAUUGUUUGUCUGCUCACAAAGGAAAGAAUUUUAAUCCUUAAGAAGUCUAAGAUAUUGUUUCAGGGGUUUUCAACUCAGCAUAUGCUCUUGGUAGUAUUGGUGGACCUCUUUUCGGAGGAUAUGUGAAUGAAUGGACAAAUUUUAGAACAACUAAUGAUAUUUAGUGUUUGGUAUUGCUUUCAGCUGCCCUUAUGCAAUUUGUAUUCAACUAUAUACCCUAGAGAAUAUAAUAGGCUCAAGUAAAUUCCAACAUUUAACUAUCCUCAAUGAUUAAUGAAAAAAUGGCGUAAAAAUAAUCUUCAAAAAAAAUCCAUUAUGAAAAAUGA